AUGGAAGUUUGGCAAAACCAGGCCUGGUGUAGAGAAGCAUGUUUUUCAUCGUUCUGGGCGCACUAUCAUGCCGUUGAGAAGUGGCGAGCCGAUCAUGCGCGAAUGGCUGCAGUUUCUUGUCGCAUAGCUGGUGAAAGGAAAAGGCAUUCACGCAGAAAGCCAGCCUCACGACCCAACGAUAAUUCAAGUUCUAAUCGGGAAUACGCGAAGAAGUCGUCGAACAAAGAAAAGGUCAAGAAGGAGAGAGUCGUUCUGAAUGCGGCAUACGAAGAGUCAGUAUCCAUGGAGGUGGAAGAGAUGUCUGACGAAAUGGUGGCUUUCUUCAAGAAGACGAUCGAACAUAGAAAGACCCGCGAUGCUGAGCGAACCGAAAAGGAGCAACGUUUAGCAAAGGAACGUGGUGAGGGCACAGCGCACUGGAUUCAUUUGGAUGACGAUGAAUACGUCCUAGCCGAUAAAAUCGGCGUGUACGGCGUUGAAAAGCGCACUUUCGCUGUCCCGGACGAAGAAACGCGAACGAAGGAAAGACGCGAUAACGCCCGUAAAUUGUAUGGAUCGAAAGCGGAACAGAUUCUGGCUAUGGAAACGCUGAUGGAUAUGCGCUUUGAACAAGAAUAUGCUAGGAAACGGCCACCGUUGUGGCCCAAUAUUCCGUUAAAACUGUAA